AUGUCAGCCCCCCUACAAUCCCGCUUAAAACAGCUCUCCACGGCCCUCGCCCACAUCCACCCCCUCGUCUCCCGACUCCGCAACUUCACCACAGCCGUCGGCCAAGGCGACGAAGCGCGCCUCGAACUCGGCGCCGAGAUCCACGCCCACCUGAAGGAAACAGAAGAGCAGCUCGAGCUGCUCCGAGUAGAGGUUGAAGCGCUCGAGACAGGCACCGACACACGGCGGAAAGGACAAGACACCGAGAAGGAGCUGGAGAGGGAGCGGGUGGUUGCGUUAGCGGGGCGAUUAGCAGAUGAUUUAAAGAAGACGAGGGGCGACUUCCGCACCGCACAACUCCAAGCUAAACGCAAUGCCGAGCUCGCGCGCCGCCAAGAGCGCGAGCUGCUCUUUUCGCGGUCUCAGAAUGCGGCUGAUAAGCGCAAAGAGUCGGCGGAGAAGUUGACGCAGGAUCAGGUCACGCUGAAUGCGUCUAAUGAUGUUACAGCUGCGUUGCGCCGCACGCAUCAGCUUAUGCAGGCGGAGCUGUCGCGGAGUCAGUUUGCGCAGCAGACGCUUGAACAAUCAACAGCAGCGCUGUCAUCCCUCUCAGAAUCAUACACGGACCUCGACUCGCUCAUCUCCUCGUCGCGCAAUCUCAUCGGCUCGCUCCUGCGCUCUCGGAAGUCAGACACAUGGUACCUUGAAACAGCAUUCUACAUCCUGAUCGGCACGAUCGUGUGGCUCCUGUUCCGUCGGAUCUUGUACGGGCCCAUGUGGUGGCUUGUAUGGUUGCCGCUGCGGCUGGUAACGCAGGUUGUGUUUGGUGCUCUGGGCAUGGCCAGCAGUAGCAAGGGUGUUGAGGCUCCUCUGUCGGAUAGUGCGCCUGCUUAUCAGACUCCCGUGGUGCAUCAGAAGGUUGAGCCGGAUGUGCAAACUGCUAGUGGAGGUGAGAUGUGGGAUAGUCCUCCGAAUGAGAAACACGACGAGGGGCGCAUGAUUGACGAGAUUGGGGAUAUGGUGGAGGAGAACGCAAGGGGGGACACGAACGUCGAAGACGCACAUGCGCAUGAGACCCCAACGCAGGAGGAACCUCCCCGGAAUACGAAGAAGCGGAUGUAUGAGGCUACGGAGGUGGUGCAGGAUCGGAAGGACGAGCUGUAG